UUGGAUUAAAAAAAGUUAUCGGUAUCGAUUGGCAAACAACCAAUUGUUUUCCCAAAAAAAAGCGCGCACUCCCAGAAUAAUUUAGCAUUUUGAAGAAAUUCCUACUAAGUUAUCAUGGCACUAUGGGUAGACAAAUACAGACCACGCGAAUUAUCCAAAUUGGAUUAUCACAAAGAUCAGGCCGAAAAUUUGCGCAAUCUUUGCAAGCAAAGCGAUUUCCCGCAUCUAAUGUUCUAUGGACCAUCGGGAGCUGGAAAGAAGACGCGCAUAAUGUGCCUGCUACGCGAAAUGUAUGGGGUCGGAGUAGAAAGGUUGCGCAAUGAGACGAUGAGCUUUACAACGCCAUCAAAUCGUAAGAUCGAAGUAAUGACGGUCAGCAGCAACUAUCAUUUGGAAGUGAAUCCAUCGGAUGCUGGCAUGUAUGAUCGCACUGUAGUCAUAGAUCUAAUCAAGCAGGUGGCGCAGACGCACCAGAUCGACAUCAAUGGUCAGCGCGAGUUCAAGGUGAUUGUAAUAUCGGAGGGCGAUGAGCUAACUAAGGAUGCACAACACGCUCUACGUCGAACCAUGGAGAAGUACAUCGCCACAUGCCGCAUUAUACUAUCCGUCAAUUCUACAUCUCGCAUCAUUCCGGCCAUUCGAUCACGUUGUUUGGGCAUUAGAGUGGCUGCGCCCAGCUCCACAGAGAUGACGUCCGUUUUACAAGCCACGUGCAAACGUGAAGGACUCGUGUUGCCACCUGAGUUGGCCAUGCGGGUCGUUGAUAAAUCUGAGCGGAAUCUGCGACGAGCUCUUUUAAUGCUCGAAGCGUCCAAAGUGCAGCAGUAUCCAUUCACAGCGCAACAGGAGAUCGCCGAUCUAGAUUGGCAAGUAUAUCUACGUGAAACGGCAAAUCAGAUUGUAAGUGAGCAAACGCCAGCGAAAUUGGAAAAGAUACGCGACCGUUUGUAUGAGCUGCUCUCGCAAGGAGUGCCGCCGAAUAUAAUUUUUCGCGGCCUUGUCGAGCAUCUGGUCAACAAUUGUGAUAUGUCCAUCAAAGCAAAGACACUGGAACAUGCCACACAAUACGAGCAUCGCAUGCAAAACGGCGCUAAGCACAUAUUUCACUUGGAAGCCUUUGUGGCUCAAUUUAUGAAUAUUUACAAGAAGUUCCUGGCCGAUUUGGUAAUGACAGAUGAUUUCUAAAUAUAUAAUUACUGAAUCUUUAUUACUAUUAAAUUACUAUAAAAAAUGCGCUGGAGAAAUGAGAAAUUAUUUCAACCCAAAAUUUGUCGUUGCUGUCUGUUUUCUCGAUCCGUUAAAAUCGCUAGCUUCAUUUUGUCCUCUGUAGUGCGUUUAACUGUUUCGAUGUACCUAGAAACUUCUUCCUCUAGCUUAAGGUGUGCCUGCAAAUAGAAAAUGUUUUGAAGAGCAAAGUGGCGAAUGGCAAUCCUUAAUCCAAAAUGUUACCAUUUCAUAUUCAAGAUGUUCUUUGCCAUUAAUCCUUAAACCAUGCAGCAACAAAUCGAUAGUGUUGAUAGGAAAUGAUAGCUGUGGAUUGGCUACAUUGACCGAAUGCUUGAAGUCGAAGUAUUCACUGCCAGCUCCCAACAUGCCACCAAUCAUCUCGCAUGCCAAGUCACUAGCAUCGAGCAAUCGAUGAUGCUUCACCAGGAGAUGCAACAAUUCCCGACUGUUGGCCAGCUUGUAGGAGUCGUACAACCAUUGUGGCACGAAUGCAUUCAAUGUGAGUAUGCGGUUAACAACAGCUUUGCGAAUUAAAGUCGAUUCGCUCAGUUCAUUAUCAAUAACGAGUUUCUGCAGCAACGACCAAGCCAUAUCUGCUGCAUUGUUGCGAUGCGCCAAAUCUAGAAACACAUUUAAGAUACGAUUAGUAGCAACUAAUAAAACAAAGCUGCACGCUAUUCUACCUGCCAAAUCAUUGUUUUGCAACCAAGCCCAGGAAUCCUUAGACUUAUCCUCUGUGGUGCUAACACACUCGGCUGCAAGACUCUCGAAUAUGGGCAGCACAGAGAACUCAUUGCCACGCGCGAGUUUUAGAGCUGCUGUAUAGAGUCCACAGGUGGCCAAGAGAUAGGAAAGUUCCUCGGCGCCAGCCAUCUCGUGAGCUGACAUGUCCUUGCGAUGAUACGAGAGUUCUUUUAGGGCCUCCGCAUGCAGCAGCUCUCGACGUACAUCUGCCAAUUCAAGUACAAUUACGUCUUGUACACAUCCAGUGUCCAGCUUUGUAGCGUCUUCAUUUUCCUGUUCCAUCAAGACCUUGUCGUCCCCAAUUGUCGGUUUUGCAAUCCAUCUGUAUCGCUUAUCAACCAAAUACAGACAGUUAAUGCAAACCAACAGCGCGGAGCAGCGCUUCUGCAGAGCAUCGGGAGCAUCACUGUCCACCUGCAAACGCAUUGCCUGCUCAUACAUGACAGUUGCAGCUGCAUAAGAUUUAUAUAGUUGUAAAUGUGUGCGUAAAAUUGGAAAUAAAUUAUUAAAUCUUACCCUUCCGCAUGUUGCCUUUAUUGGCAUGAAAAGCAUAAAGGAAAUUGUAUACUUCAUUUUGAUCAAUACUAAGUGAGCGUGCACGGGACUCGACGAUGUUCUCAAACUCCUCCUGCAAGCAAUUAUAGGGCAAUUGCAUGAGCAAUUCAAAUCGCUUACUUUGGAACAACAUUAUGACCAGCUGACGAAGGCAGUCCUUGCGUCGCGAAGUAUCAGCAUUAUAGACCAAUGCAUGAUAUGCUUCCUCAUAGUGACCCAGCAGUAAAUGAUUGUUAAAAACAAUCGAUUGGAACAUAGGCAGCUGUGGAUCGUCAACGUGAAGCUUGCUCAUUGCCAUCUGAGCCAAUUGGAUGAUGUAAUCUGAUGCCGAAUGCUGUUCGAACAAUUGUAUCACUUUCAAAUAAUAGUGCACCAAAGCGACUUUAUAAUCCUCCUUUGUUGGCACUAUACCUUGUCUGCUGAGAAUGCCUUCGAGUUUCGAGUAUAGCGGCGUGUUUUUCAAAACUUGCUCAAACAGAAACGGUUCCUUGAGCACAUUCUCUGCCACUUGCUCAAACAGAAAUAUUGCCUUUUGCGGCUCACCACAAUCCAAUAGCGAAACAGCUCGCAUAAAGCACCCUGUAAAUAAAACAUAUUUGUAAUUAGUAUUUAUAUACACUUAGUCCUCAUUUUACUGCUGUCUACAUACGCGAAAUAGUCUUUUCGUCACACCAGCCAGAUAAUAAACGAACAUAGUCCUGAAUGAUAAUGUGAUGACAAGUACCAAAUAGCCACUCUGGAAAUACAUCAUUCCAAGCUUCAGGCCAGCUGAAAUCCGUGUCAAUUAUAAACCAUUACUUAAUACAUUAUAAAAAAAAAUUAUGUACAACUUACAGCAUUUGAUUAAUAAAUCCAACAAGCUGUAACAGUGUCUGGCGCAUUGGUAACUGUUCUAUUGCUUGAUUGUGAUCUUUUACCAGAAUCGAAAGUGCGCUAAACAAUCC